AAAUACAGAACAAGACCUGCCGAAAUAAAUAAAUAAAAAGACCGAAAACCCCAGCUUUACAAAACCGGGCGAACAAAUUUGCAGUUAGCGCGUGGUUCUAUUCCUUUCUUUCCUCAAGAUUUAUGUCAAUUGUUCAUCUUUGCGGUUACAUUCCAUCAAUGAAAAUCUAAGUCGGUUAAUGAGUGACACUAUCACGAUGCCGUUCAAGUUAGUGGUAUUCGUUUUAGGAUUCCUGGUGUGCUCCACGACACGUUCUCAUGGAGAAUCCUCUACCUGUUUGACGGUUUACAAAGAAGGCGGUGCACCUGCGGUGUUCCAAUCUCCAAAAUGCCCUCGUUGGAAGCUUCCGAGUUACGACUCCGGUAAACGCGCCGCCACCUCCAGGACGGCACGUUGCCAAUCGGCCAUGCUCCAGGGUCGAAGAAAGCACAUGGAAGAUCGCACUCUCUGCAUGCUCGAUCUUCACAUUCCCUUUCCAAGCAAAAUGGGGGUUAGGCAAGUUACAGUUGGAGUUGUUGCAGUUUUUGAUGGUCAUAAUGGUGCUGAAGCUAGUGAUAUGGCUUCAAAACUUUUACUGGAGUAUUUUGCUUUGCAUACAUAUUUCCUUUUGGAUGCAACUUUUUCUGUUGUAUUGAAGAAACCCUCAGGUAGGUUGCCAAAUGUGGGAGAACGGGAUAUUGUUUUCCAAGUGCUUAACCGGGACGAAGAACUUGGAGGGCAUGAAUUGAACUCUGAAAGAUUUAAGUUCCUUGUCCCAGAAAAUCUUGAUGAUUCUUUUCACUUGGACAUAUUGAAGGAAGCUUUGUUAAGGGCAAUCCAUGACAUAGAUGCAAAAUUUUCCAAGGAAGCAUCUAGAAAUAACCUUGGUUCGGGUUCAACAGCUACAGUUAUACUGAUAGCAGAUGGUCAAAUUUUAGUUGCCAACAUUGGAGAUUCCAAAGCCAUUCUGUGUUCUGAAAAAUUUCAUUCUCCUACUGAGGCUAAAGCAACUUUGUUACAAUUGUACAAGGAGCAGAGGCGCAAUGGUGCUGCUUCACCUUUAAGAAAUUCUAACUUUAAACUGGCUGCAUCCAGUGGAUUAGUGUAUUAUGUUGUCAAGGAACUAACUAGAGAUCAUCACCCUGAUCGAGAUGAUGAAAGGUCUCGAGUAGAAGCGGCUGGUGGCUAUGUUGUUGAUUGGGGUGGUGUGCCACGUGUGAAUGGUCAGCUAGCGAUUUCCCGUGCUAUUGGUGAUGUAUUAUAUAAAAGUUACGGUGUUAUUGCUGCACCGGAGGUGACAGAUUGGCAAUCUCUGACUGCUAAUGAUAGUUAUCUGGUGGUUGGCUCUGAUGGCGUAUUUGAAAAGUUGAGCUUGCAGGAUGUUUGUGAUUUACUUUGGGAAGUAAAGAAUCAUGCGACUAUUGGAUCAAGACUAUCUUCUUCAUGCUCACUUUCACUGGCUGAUUGCUUAGUGAAUACUGCCUUCAAGAGGGGCAGCAUGGACAAUAUGGCAGCUGUUGUGGUUCCAUUGGGAUCUGCUUAUCUUUCUCAAAGCUUGUUGACUGAAAGUUGUGGAAGAAAAGGGGACAAGGAAUUCCCAGCUAAUGGACUACAAAAGUUCAUUUUUGAACGAUCAGGUAAUGGUAUUAGUCCUGACCUACUGCUGUUGGAACAUACUCAUCCAAUCACAACCAAGUUUAACAGGUUAUUGGUUCAAGGAAAACAUGGCAGUUAUGGCUGUUUUUAUUUAUCUGAGAAGCUUGAUGAUGAUGUGAAUGAUACAAUUCAAAGUUUUCAAACUCAAAACGCAGAUCAGGAAGAUUAUGUGCAUGACUUACCCCAGGCUUUACCUAAUGCCUUUGAACAACCCUGUGGUGGACCUUUAAAUGUGUACAAUGAUUGGAGUUUUUGCUUAAACUUUGGGAUGACUGUUGAUGGAGCUAAAGAUCAAUGUGUAAACCCAGAGGGCUUCGCUAGUUUCCUUGGUUUGCUUGAAUCCAUACCCUUCCAUGAUACUAGUUCAAGUUAUGGGACAGAGGAGUAUCCAAUGCCAGACUCGAGGUAUAUACUAAAGAAAAGAUUUGGUCGUGGUUCUUAUGGUGAGGUUUGGUUGUCGUUUAGUUGGAAUUGCCAUCAAGGCAGUAAUGCUUCAAGCUGGAGUGAAGAAAACAAGAAUACCAAUUUUGAUGAUAGUCACUUUGACACCUAUAACAGUAGUUCAUGUAGUAACACAUCUAGUCAUGAUAGUCAUGUUGGUUCUCCUGAUGGCAACUUGUUUAUUCUGAAACGCAUAAUGGUGGAGAGAGGGGCUUCUGUUUACUUAAGUGGUCUACGGGAGAAGUACUUUGGUGAAGUCUUCUUAAAUGCCUCUAGAAAUCUUGGAAGUUUUCCAUCGGCUGAAGUAUCGGAACCUUUCUUGGAGGCAUCACAAUCUGGUUUCGAUGACACAUUAGAUAUAAAUUUAGAACUAGGAAUCACUUUGAGUUCUGAAAAUAUAAAUCUGAACAAGUUUGGAUGGCACAGAACUGCCUCUGAAGAAGGUUUGAACCAUAUUGCAAGAUAUGUAGAGUCAUUUGAAUCACGAUCUAAUGAAAUAUGGCUUGUAUUUCAUUAUGAGGGCAUGUCACUAUCAAAGCUUAUGUAUACUGUGGAAGAAGCAGAACGUAAUGCAACUGAAGAAAAGGUUGAGGAAGUAAAACAAGUUCAGAUAUUGCGUCCAUCAAAAUGGUGGCAUUGGUUGAAGACAACAGAAGAAGGACAAGAGGAAAUGCGCAAUCUUAUUCGACAGUUGUUGGUAGCACUGAAGUCCUGUCAUGAUCGCAAUAUUACCCACAGGGAUAUCAAACCUGAGAACAUGGUUAUAUGCUUUGAGGACCAGAAGACUGGAAGAUGCUUGAGAGGAAUUCCAAGUGGAGAUAAGAAUUUUACCACUAAAAUGCACAUCAUUGACUUUGGAAGUGCAAUAGAUGGGUUCACAAUGAAGCAUUUAUAUGGAUCAGCUGGACCAUCUAGAUCCGAGCAAACUCAUGAUUAUAGCCCACCUGAAGCUCUUCUUAAUGCUAGUUGGUAUCAGGGGCCAACAAGCACUACUUUGAAAUAUGAUAUGUGGAGCGUGGGUGUUGUGAUCUUAGAGAUGAUUUUGGGGUCACCAAAUGUAUUUCAGAUAAGUGCUGUAACGCGUACUUUUCUAGAUCAUCAUCUUCAGGGUUGGAAUGAAGGCUUGAAGGAGCUUGCUUAUAAGCUUAGAUCAUUCAUGGAAUUGUGCAUCCUAGUCACUGGGAGUUCCUCCAAACAUCAUCGUGAAACGAACCAAGACUUCAAACUGCAGAUAUUCUUACACAGGCUCUUCCAAGAAAAACUUUUGUAGUCUUGAUCAGCAAGCUGGGGAUGAUUGACAUCUAUGCCCCAGCUUGAUGGGGAGUGUGGAAUUUCGUGACUAGUCAUCUCUUUAUCAAGACUUAGAAGACUAAGACUUAUCUACAUAAUUUUUUUAUUAGAUAAAUUAGUUGUAAUCUUAGAAUAAUUAGAUAAGUUAUUUUAAUCUCAUAUUAAGGUUUAAUUCUGUAAAGAUGUUAAGCUAGUAGUUAUCUUAGAUUAGGAUUUAAUCCUGUAAAGAUGAUAAGGUACAGCUUAUCACCAACACCAACGCUUGAAUAUAUACCAUGUACUUAACAUUAUAAAUUCAAGCCUUCAUUCACUCAAAUCAUCUGUUCUUUCAUCCUAAAAUUUAUUAUAUUUCCUUUUUGUCAUCUUACCAGCAAUUAAACCAUUUCUUGGUAGAAUCCCUCUUGGUCUGGUUUGAUGUUUUCACUAUAGGUCAUGAAUUGAAUUGCGAUAAUAGAAUUAGAUAUUGUUGAUAUGUGUAAGCUGGUAAAUAUGAAUGUGUGAUGCAUGUAUUUAGGAUCAAAAUGGUUUCAUGUGAUAGAAUAAUAAAAAGCAUUAAAGCGAUAGUUCGCCAGAUUACUAGGUAAGUUUGUAAUGCAUUAUAAGUUAGUCUGUCACUCUGCAGAAAAUUAAUCCAAAUAUCGAAUAUUUUAUACCAUCUAAUAGUGGCUCAGAUUGUGUACUGAACAAAAAAAUUGUUGAGUAAUGAAUCAUCCUGAAUUAUGUUUCACUUUUUUACAUGCGCAAUGCUACUUCAGUUGGUAUACCACCCUUUUAUUUCUUCUGAAGACAGUUAACAAAGGUGAUCAAAUUUUAAGUCAAUAGAUGAGAUGACAACGCAUGUUAGAAAGGAUGGUGCUUUGUGGAUGCCUUUGUUUGUUAUCCUUAAUUGUGAAAUUGAUUU